GGGAGACCAGGAACCUGCACUCACCAGUGUCUCUGCUGGAGCCACCAGUUUCCGCCCCUGCCGGACAAUGCCCGUGGAGGAGUUUGUGGCCGGCUGGAUCUCUGGAGCUCUGGGUUUGGUCCUGGGACACCCUUUUGACACUGUAAAGGUGCGGCUACAGACCCAGACCACAUACCGGGGCAUCAUCGAUUGUAUGGUGAAGACUUACCGCCAUGAGUCGCUCCUGGGCUUUUUCAAGGGAAUGAGCUUCCCCAUUGCGAGCAUAGCCAUGGUCAACUCCGUCCUGUUCGGGAUCUACAGCAACACCCUGCUGGCGCUCACGGCAACCUCUCACCAGGAACGGCGGGCCCAGCCACCCAGCUACAUACACGUCUUCAUAGCUGGCUGCACCGGAGGGUUCGUGCAGGUCUACUGCUUGGCCCCUUUUGACCUCAUCAAAGUCCGGCUACAAAACCAGACGGAGCCAAGGGCGCGGCCUCCGGGCAGCCCCCCGCCCCGGUACCGGGGGCCUGUGCACUGUGCGGUCUCCAUCUUCCAGGAGGAGGGGCCCCGGGGGCUGUUCCGGGGAGCCUGGGCCCUGACGCUGAGGGACACCCCCACAAUGGGGAUCUAUUUUGUCACCUAUGAGUAGCUCUGCCGCCAGUCGACGCGGGACGGCCAGGACCCCAGCCCAGCCACGGUGCUGGUAGCAGGGGGCUUUGCAGGCAUCAGCUCCUGGGCCGUAGCCACGCCCUUGGAUGUGAUCAAGUCCCGGCUGCAGAUGGCGGGGCUGAAGCGCAGGGCGUACCGGGGGGUGCUGGACUGCAUGGUAAGCAGCGCCCGGCAGGAAGGUCUGGGGGUCUUCUUCCGGGGGCUGACGAUCAACAGCGCCCGCGCCUUUCCUGUCAACGCCGUCACCUUCCUCAGCUACGAAUACCUCCUCCGCUCGUGGGGGUGAGUCCGGGCAGGUAAUGCCGGCCGCUCCCCAGCGAGACCACCGCCCACCUGCCCAGCUUGGAGGCCGAGGUGAAAGCACCGGCUCGCGAUCCGAUUCGAGAGGCCCAGUCCUUCCCAAGGGUGAGCAGCAGUGGGCCCGGGCCCUGGGCUCCGGAACACAGGCUGACUUCAGCCCCCCAGCAGCGCUCGCCUUGAGUCUGUGAAGUCCACUCCCCGGCCCGUGGUGCUGGUGACCUUCUGGCCCCCAGCCUGGGGCUUCACCCCUUAAAGAGCUCUUAGAGGCUGCGCCCCUGGGCGCUAACCAGCCACCCCCUGGAUUCCAGCAACUCGUCCUCACGGGCCCUCCUCACCUCCUUUCAAACUGCUCCCCGCGUGACCCCCCUGGAGAGCAGCCUUCUGUCCCCUGCUGGUCCAGGGUCCUUCAGUGGCUUCCUUUCCGGUCUGGGGGAGAGCCCCCCCCCCCACCUCCUGGGCCCUCCCUGUCCACUAGCUUUCUUCUCCCUGGGGGCUUCCACAGCCCAGCCCCGCACUCGGAGAACAAGCUGUGCUGUUAUUGGCCUUGGCCUGGAAGGCUUAUUCCCUCGUGGCCUGGAGCAAACAGUUCCCGAGGGGUGGCUAAGCCCGCUCCGGGCCCAGGCCGAGCACUGUCCCUUGGAGUCUUUCCUUGCCUCCCCCCUGCCUCUUGACUGGCUGGGGGGUUUUCAUACCACUCCCAACCCCCCACCUCCUAGUCCCCACCCCCACCUCGUCCCCUGAUCUCUUCCACAUCCCCCACAGGCCUGGAUCACGGCCCUCCCUCCCCUGUGCUGUGUCGUGGUUGUUGAUUUGCUUCUCAGCCUAACCCCGUUACACAGGGAGCUCCUUGAGGUCAGGGGCCAGACUUCUGAUCGGUCCUCCAGCUCCAGCCACCACACCCACUUCCUUGGUACUGCACUCCCACCUUUCUACCGGGAGUUUUUGCCUGCCUGGCCCCUCUUGGGGUCGUCUCCAGGGGACCGGUGCCAGAAGUCGGGGACCACCUCCCCCAGGAGUGCUGGCCUGGCCACUCCCACGGACGGUGUUUGUUUUUCUUACCCAUCUCAGUUGCUAAGUGGGGGUUACAAACUGGCCAAAGAGGGGUUCCUUGAUUGGCAAUGAAGCCGAGGAGAGUUUGUACCCACUAAUGUCCCUAUCUGGUCUGAGGUCAGCCUGGGCCCACCUUCUGGUGACCUGAGUGCCUGGGAUUCUUACCAUUUACUGGGGGCUCCCAAUGAAAACCAUUACAAUAGGGGCACCUGGCUGGCUCUGUCAGUGGAGCACGUGGCUCCCAUCUUGGAGUUGUGAGGUUGAGCCCCCUGUUGGGUGCAGAGAUUGCUUUUAAAAAACAAA